AUGUCGCGCCCUCGCAUCGACUACAGCCUGUACUACGUCACGGGCCGCUCCCUGCUUCCACCAGCACCGACGAGCUACACCGGUCCGCCUGGCGACUGGUACCUCGCCCACCUCGAGCAAGCCCUCGCCGGCGGCGUGACGGUCGUCCAGGUCAGGGAGAAGGACGUCGACGGCGGCGAGUUCUACGAGGUGGCAAGGAGGAGCAAGGAGGUGUGCGACCGUUACAACGUCCCGCUCUUCGUCAACGACCGCCUCGACAUCGCGUGCCUCCUCAAGUGCCACCUGCACGUCGGCCAGUCGGACCUCCCUGCCCGUCUUGCACGGCAGCUCCUCGGUCCCGAUGCUCUUCUCGGCGUCAGCGUCAACACGGUCGACGAGAUGCGCCUCGUCCUCGACGAGGGUGUCGCGGACUACGUCGGCAUCGGCCCGUGCUUCGGGACCCAGACCAAGAAGAACCUGAACCCGAUCAUGGGCCCGAGGGGUGUACGGGCCAUCCUCGAGGUCCUCGGCGACAGCGAGGUCAAGGCGGUCGUCAUUGGCGGCAUUACCCCUUCCACCAUCCCCAACGUCCUCGCGCAGACGCCCGCACCUCUCGCGAGCGGCGGCUACCGCCACCUCGACGGCCUCGCCGUCGUCUCGUCCAUCUCGGCCGCGCACGACCCGUUCACCGCCGCGACCGAGCUGCGCGCGCUCUUCCUCGGCCGCAAAAUGCUGCCCUCGUGGAACCUGAAUGCGUCGACGGCGGCCCUCGACGAGCAGCAGCUCGUUCGCAACGCGGUCGACAUGCUCAAGCUUCUUCGCGAGGGCGCGCACAAGCCCCUCGUCCACCACAUCACGAACCAGGUCGUCAUGAACGACACGGCCAACCUGACGCUCGCGUUCGGCGCGUCGCCCAUCAUGUCGUCCUCGCCCGACGAGGCGCCGCACCUGUCGACGCUCAUCUCGUGCCUCCUCCUCAACCUCGGCACCAUCACCGAGCAGCAGAUCGCGUCGCAGAAGAUCGCCGGCGAGGCGGCGAACCGGAACCAGAAGCCCGUCGUGUUUGACCCGGUCGGCGUCGGCGCGACCGAGUACAGGAAAAAGAGCGCGAGCGACCUCCUCAACGCCUGCCACGUCUCGAUCAUCAAGGGCAACGCCGGCGAGGUCGGAGCGCUCGCCGGGCUUAGCGAGGUGCAGGCGCGAGGCGUAGACAGCGUCGGCGCCGGCUUCAAGGACCCUGCAUCCGUCGUGCGCACGCUCGCGGCGAGGGAGAAGCUUGUCGUAGCCAUGUCGGGCAAGGUCGACUACGUCUCGGACGGCCGCGAUGUCUUUGCGAUCGAGAACGGGAGCGAGUGGCAGGAGAGCAUCACGGGCUCAGGCUGUAUGGCGAGCGCGUGCGUCCCCUGUUUCCCUGCGAGCCUGUCUCUCUCUCUGUGCUCGACGGCCGUCGCACUCUUUGCUGGACUGCGCCACGAGUCGGGCAGCCUGUCCGCCGCGGUCGCAGGUCUCGUCGCCAUCAACGUCGCCGCCGAGCUCGCCGCCGAGCGCGCAGACGUCCAGGGCCCGAACACCUUCCGGGCAGCGCUCAUCGACGAGUGCUUCCGCAUCACGCCCGACGAUCUCGCACGGCGCGCCAAGGUCAAGAAGCUGUAG